CGCUUACAACCCAACAAAUCCACCAACAUUCUCGACCCUCUCCUCCUCCUCUUCUCUCUCUCUCUCUCUCUCACAAAAUACUACGCAAAACUAACUCAGCCAUAUGAGGAGUUCCUUCUUCCUUCUCUUUAUCCACUUAUCAUCCUUCUCUGCUGGCUUUGCCGGAGCCGUUGGAACCUCCGGCGAUGAUGUGGCUCGGGGUACAAACCCAUUCACUCCUAAGGCAUUCUUGAUUCGGUAUUGGGAUAAGGAGAUCCGGAACGGCCUGCCUAAGCCGGAGUUCUUGCUCUCUAAGGCGUCCCCAUUGACCGCCGUGGACUCGGCGGCUUUUGCCAAGCUCGCCGCCAGCAACGCUCUUUCCACGCGCCUCCCGGAAUUUUGCUCCUCCGCGAAUCUACUCUGUUUUCCUGAUUUGGGUCAGAGCCUGGAGAAGCACUCUAAGGAUGUGAACUUUGCUGUGUACCGGAACAAGAACUUCACCAACUAUGGGACGGAUCGGCUCGGUGGGUUGGACUCGUUUAAGAACUAUUCCGAAGGGGAGAAUAUUCCGGUGAACGAUUUCAGGAGAUACAGCCGCGACUCCACAGGCCAUAAGGACAAUUUCCUCAGCUAUGCGAAUGAUGGCAACGUGGUCGACCAGGGCUUCCACACCUACGGCGCCGCAGCAACAGGCGGCGUCGGCGAGUUCAAGAAGUAUGCCGAUUCGACCAAUGUCCCCAAUCUCCAAUUCACCUCCUACUCUGAUGAUGCCAACGGGAGAGAGCAAUCGUUCACUAGCUACUCCGAGAACGGAAAUGCUGGGGGCCAAUCUUUCUCCAACUAUGGAAAACACGGGAAUGGGGCUGUGAGCGGUUUCUCAAGCUACGGGACGAACUCGAACGUCGCCGGGUCGGGAUUCUCGAAUUACGGUGAGACUGGGAAUGCCGGGAAUGAGACAUUCAAGAAUUACGGUGUGAAUAUGAACAAUCCCACCAACACCUUCAAGAACUACGCCGGCGGCGGCAAUGGAGCCACUGACAGUUUCGCUAAUUACAGAGACCAAGCCAAUGUCGGAGAGGAUUCAUUUCAAUCAUAUGCUAAGAGUGCAAACGCAGCUGAAGUCGAUUUCUCGAACUACGGCAAAUCCUUCAACGAAGGGACAGAUAAAUUCACCGGCUACGGGAAGGGAGCUAACGAGCAUAAAAUUGGGUUCAAAGGCUACGGAGUGAACAAUACCUUCAAGGACUACGCGAAAGACGGCGUCACAUUCACAGGCUACACCAAUGUGAGCACCGCUCUCAGUGCUUCCAUGGCAAAAUCUGGUUCUGCCAUCAACGGCAAUAUGGUAAAAAGGUGGGUGGAACCAGGUAAAUUCUUCCGCGAAUCGAUGCUGAAGCGAGGGACGGUGACGCCGUUCCCGGACAUCAGAGAUAAAAUGCCCAAGAGGUCGUUUCUUCCCCGAUCUAUCAUCUCCAAAUUACCAUUCUCGACCUCGAAAAUCUCAGAGCUGAAGCAGAUUUUCAAAGUGUCUGAUAAUUCCUCCAUGGACCAGAUCCUAUCGAGCUCCCUCAGCGAGUGCGAGAGGACUCCGAGCCCCGGCGAGACCAAACGCUGCGUCGGCUCCAUCGAGGACAUGAUCGACUUCGCGACGUCGGUGCUGGGGCGCAACGUCGUCGUUCGGACCACCCAGAACGUGAACGGGUCGAAGAAGAACGUGGUGGUGGGUCGGGUCCAGAAGAUAAACGGGGGCCAGGUCACCCAAUCCGUGUCGUGCCACCAGAGCCUCUUCCCUUACCUGCUCUACUACUGCCACUCCGUCCCCAAAGUUCGGGUCUACGAAGCGGAUCUAUUGGACCCGAAAAGCAAGGCCAAGAUCAACCACGGUGUUGCCAUCUGUCACCUGGAUACCACCGCGUGGAGCCCCACCCAUGGCGCGUUCCUCUCCCUCGGAUCGGGUCCAGGUCGGAUCGAAGUCUGCCACUGGAUCUUCGAGAAUGACAUGACCUGGACCAUCGCGGAUUGAGUUCGGGUUUGGCUGCUUCGUUCCUUCACAUGCCAUAGGCUAAGAAAAAACUUAGCAGGGGCAACGCUUGAAAUUUAAUUUAAAUCCCAAAUAUUUAAGUAAUUUUUAAUUAUUAUUAUUAUUAUUAUUAUUAUUAGUUUUCCAUAGAAAAGUAAGAAGUCAAGUGACGGGGGGGUAAUAUUUUACAUUAUUAUAUAUUUUCAUCAUAUAAUUGCUCAGAUGGUGAUCCUGCAUGAGCCUGGAUUUCUCUGUAAAAGUGUCAUCUCUCUCUCUCUCUCUCUCUGCCCUUUUUAAUUUUCAUUUUCCUUUUAUCUAAUGGGUUCCCUAAUAAUUGGAAUAAUGGGUUUGAUCAUAAUAUACAUUUUGAUGCA